UCUGUUGCUUUUAUUUUUUUUGUAGGUCAGGCAUCACAGAAAACAUAGAAGAUGAACCUUGUUUUCUUGUGCAUACUGAUGGGAUGACAGUGAGGAGUACAACCCAAGUAGAAGAUUGUGCUUAUGAUUUUAACAGGGAAACUAUAGAUCCUAGUGAACUCCUAAAGUUUAUCAAAGAGCUGGAGUAUAAAAGUGAAAAGCUAAGUGAGCGUAACACAAAACUCCAAAAAACUGUGGAAGGAUGCGAAGAGGUCAACAUCCACCUACAAGAAGAGAUAGCCAGCUUGCGUCAUCAUCUAAAAAGCUCUCAACAGGCGCUGGAACAAUCAAAAUGUUUUUCAGAUGAAUUGGAAGACUGGAAAGGCAUUGCCAAAACUGUUGAAGAGAAAAAUAGCAAUCUGACUCGCCAUAACCAGCAUCUGGAGAGAGAGCUGCAGUUGGUUACUGAGGAGUUGGUUUGCCUUCGCGAAGAGAGUGGCGUACUGAUAACAGAAAGGGACCUGCUGAAGUAUAAGAUUGACAAACUGAGUGAUGAGAAACGAGACCUCAAGGUUUCUCUGGAGAGCAUCCAAAGAAAUUUAGCCAGUAAGGAAGAACAACUUACUGAGAAGGAAAAUGUAGAAGCCAGACUGACGGAGAAAUUAGAGAAUUAUAAUUUACUAAUUCAGGAACUAAAGUGUGAAGCUGAACGUCUACAUAGUCAGUUAUCCUAUUGUACUUCUAUGUUAACACUCUAUAGUCUGCAGGAAAUUCCCCUGGAAUUGGGGUCAGAGUUCUCUGAGGUAACUGGAAGUUCAUUGCAAGUGGAGAUCAAAGAGGCAGAACAAGAUGGUCAAACUAUAAGAGGCAUAGAGGAAGAGGAGAAGGAGAAGCAAAAAGAAGAUGGUAAUGAUCAACAAACAGAUGAUUCCUUAAGUGACUUUGAGAAAGAAUUGGAGGAUUGUGUAGCAGAUACAAAGGUAAUUAAUUUUGACUGCAAAGAAGAACCAGCUGGAUACAAUUUGCCAAACUGCAUUUCGAACAAGGAAAGAAACCUGCCAACACCUUAUGAACACUUCAUCUAUCUUAAGCUCUUCUGCAUUGCUUGGAUCUGUGCUAUGUUAGUGACUAUUACCUGCACCUACCUGGAUCAUUUAAUUUAUCCUGGUAUUCUGGUUCAGAUAAAUCCAACAGUUAUUGUUACUUUUAUGUGGAACCAAUUGGUGGGAAUCCAAAAUCCACAUGUCUCACUGCAGCAUUCGGGCAUCCCUCCUUUUUAAUGAUGAUAACCUCCUAAUGUCACUGCAGUCUUCUAAAGACUUGAUUUUGGUUGUUUGCAUGUAUAGACUCCCUAGAAGUUAUCCAAAAGUCUUAUGUGGUUAUAGUAUACUGUAUCACAAAACAAGUUAUUUUGAUAUAAAGCUUGCAUUAAAAUUUUGAAUAUCCGUUGUGAAAGUUAUGUUGUUCAGGUUUUUGCUUUUAACAAAUGCAUUCCAAGUUGCAGUGAAAGGUCACACUUUUUGAAAGAUUCAUCUGCUAUAAUUGGAAAGCUUUUGCUAAAAUGCUAUUGUUAAAGUGUAUUUCUUAACUCCAGAGUUCUAAAACAAAUUUUAAUUAAAAUGUGGCAUGGUGUUAGACCCAGUUUACUAUGAAAACUAGAUUUUAAAGGUAAAGAACACAUGAAUAUUGCAGCACAUUAGAGUGUUCAACUUGCUUUACUUAAAAAGAGAAUAUUCUUUAAGUACUGACCCUGUUCUUCAUGUAAAUUUUGGAAGCAAAAUUAUUAAU